AUGUAUUUCUCCAAGAAUAUCUUUCUACAUUUAUUUUAUGUUUUCUUAGAGGCAUACAAGAAUUUCAUCCUACUCUGUCUAAUUCAACAUGGCAAGGUCCCUAACCUUCACAAGUACACAUCUCAAGUAGUCAGCAGAUUCAUCAAGCCACUGAGUCAGCUGUACCAAGAGAUUGCCAACUCUUACUCAACCAACAACCCAUCUGAUGUGAGCAUUGUUCUAGAAAAACAUUCUGAUCAGCUCAAUAGAGACCAGAACAUGGGCCUAGGCAAACAAGUGGUGUCAUCACUUUAUCGAAAGAAUAUACAGCGACUUACAAAAACCUUCCUAACGUUAUCUCUGUGUGACAUUGCAAGGAGAGUUCACCUACAUGCACCGCAAGAGGCUGAGCAGUAUGUCAGAAAUAUGAUUGAAGAUGGUGAGAUCCAUGCAACUAUCAGCAAACAGAAUGGAAUGGUCCAUUUCCAUGACAACCCAGAAAAAUAUGACAACCCUGCAGUACUCAGACACGUCGAACAACAGAUGCAGCAUUGUAUCAGUCUGGAUGAGAAGCUCAAGAGCAUGGAUCAAGAGAUAGCUGUUAAUCCACAAUAUGUUCAAAAGAGCAUGGGAGUACGAGAAGACGAUGAAGUGGGCGGAGUCUUUGGAGGGAAAUAGGACACACUGUAUAGCUGAAUGUACAUAAUCAUGGUGGAUUUAUGAACUGCAGGAAACAGGAAAACAAAAGAAUGACAUAAACUAUUUAUAUAUUCCAAUCCCCUUUUUCAAAAUUGAACCCUGCAUGGUACUGUUUUUCUUCCGUUUUUUCAAAAGUACCAAGUCAUUUAACAUUUACUGUACAGAGAAGACAAAGUUGCAUUCAUGAAUUUCAUGUAAAGUGUGUAUUCCUGAAGAAAAAACCCACAUACACGUGUAAUGUAGUUGCUCACUGCAGUUACACAGAGCUAUUUUAGGGUCUUAGAGACUUGCCAAUGGUUUGGCAUGUUUAUAAACACAGCUUCUUGAGUAUCAUGACAAAACUUGGGCUUGAAUAUCUUAUGAAGAUGUAUUUCUUCAAGGUGCGUAACAGAAAUAGGUAUCAUAAUGUGUAACUUGAAUCCUUUGCAAUCUUGUUGAUUGUAAUUCUUUUAUUCUUCCCCCAUAAUCCUUCCUUUUAUUUCUUCCCUCUUCUCUUCAUACAUUUUGAAAGCAGUGAUAUACAGACCUGUAUAUGUAAAUGCUGUUCAUUUUACUGUAAAUCUUUAUAAACAAAUUAAUAACCGCAUAUGAUAUUAAAGGUACAAUUCAAUGAACAUGUUUUUUAGGACAGAAAUUAUGUACAUGUAUGUGCAAAUUCAAAAGUCUAUGUAAAUUGCUUGUUUAACCUUUAUGUUACUGCAUUUUUGUUAAAGAUUUAUAUUUUCCAAUUGAUCAUCACACAUUAUAUCUCAUUUGGAUUCAGAAAAAAAAACUCACAUAGUGUGUCUGAAUUACUGAUUUUUUUUAAAUAAUAAAUUUGCCACAUAUUGUAUUGAAUAUAACAAGACAAAGCACGUAAAAAACGAACAUUCAAGCCUAGGCUACUGCCUGAAUACACACAGCACAGUACAAGGUGGAAAGUGAUUUAGAUCAAAUCCACAAGUCAGAAAGCAUCACCAAUUUCUUAAUUCAGUGAUUAAGAAUCAAACAGUGCACAUCCUACUGUCAUUUUAAUGUUCAUGAUUUGCCAUUCAAUUCCAGAACUUAUUAGAACACAUAUGUACAUGUAUUUUUAAAGCUCUUGAGUACUACUGACAAAGUGCAUUAUGAAUUAUAUGGUUAAUGAAUUUGUAUUUUUGGACCACAAAACUAAAAGGGCAUUGACUUAUAUAUUUUUAAGUGACUUAACAUUGUUCUGGAUCUCAACAGGCAAUGUGCAGGACGUAUAUUUUUCCAUCAAUUUAUUUUGAAUUUGAGCUCCAGAGUUAAAGUUUCAUGAAAUUUGAUACAGAUAACUAGCGACAAGAGUUGAUGAGUUGGUAAGCUAUUGAAAUCAAUGCAUUUAAUGUAUUUGUUAGAAAGUUCUGAAACGUGAGGAGAAAGAAGAGACUUUUCUGAUUCAAUUCAAGAAGCAAAGUGGGCAAUGACAAUAAAGAGGUGGAAAAAUAUUGUUAAAGUUGAA